CUCCUCAAGUGUACAAUUAACACAAAUGGAAGACGAACUCCUCCCGCCAACAUUGCAGAACGUGCUGGAUCAGAAGACGCUCAAAUGGAUAUUCUGUGGAGGAAAGGGCGGUGUCGGCAAGACGACCACCUCUUGUUCACUUGCGAUCCAACUAGCGACAUGCCGUGAAUCUGUACUCUUGAUAUCUACAGACCCGGCACAUAACCUCUCGGACGCGUUUGGCCAGAAGUUCUCGAAGGAUGCCACGAAGGUCAACGGGUUUGAUAACCUAUACGCUAUGGAGAUCGACCCGACGAGUUCGAUGCAGGAGAUGAUUGAGCAGUCGGACCAGAAUGGCGGUGCGAUGGGAGGGAUGAUGCAGGAUCUUGCCUUCGCCAUCCCGGGUGUGGACGAAGCGAUGGGUUUCGCAGAGAUCAUGAAGCACGUCAAGAGCAUGACGUACUCUGUCAUCGUCUUCGACACUGCGCCUACAGGGCACACACUGCGUUUCCUCUCCUUCCCGAGCGUGCUAGAGAAGGCACUGGGAAAGCUCAGUGAUCUGAGCGGGAGGUUCGGGCCCAUGCUCCAGCAGAUGAGCGGCAUGUUUGGCAUGGGACAGCAGGAGGAUAUGUUCGGUCGCUUGGAGGAGAUGAGGGGGACUAUCACGGAAGUCAACGCCCAGUUCAAGGAUCCGGAACUGACGACCUUCAUCUGCGUGUGCAUCUCCGAAUUCCUUUCUUUAUACGAGACGGAACGGCUGGUGCAAGAGCUUUCCAGCUACGAGAUCGAUACGCACAACAUUGUCGUCAACCAGCUGAUCUUCCCAAAGCGCGGAUCAAACUGCGAACAGUGCAACGUCCGUCAUGCGAUGCAGCAGAAGUAUUUGCGGGAGGCACAUGAGCUGUACGAUGGGAUGUUUAAUAUCGUGCAGCUGCCGUUGUUGACGGAGGAGGUACGCGGACCGGAAAAGUUGAAGGCGUUUAGCAGGAUGCUCGUAGAGCCGUAUGUCCCUCCGCAAUAGAUCAGUGUAAUAUAGAUUGGGUU